GCGCCGUGGGGAGGAGUGCGGAGACAGCCCGCGGCACCGGGCCGGGCGGCAUCGCCCACCCGCUGCCGUCAGAUUCCCGCCUAACUCCCGCCGCCCCGCUGGGCUCGGCCGUUGUGUCCGUAACGGCCGCGUCCCGGGCAGAGCUCCCCGGUCCCGGCAAUGCAGCGGACGGAGCCUGGCGUCGGCCGCAAGAGAGCUGUGGACGCCACGUAUGGAUGGGAUCAUUCAGUGCACAAAAGGAAGCGGCUUCCUCCAGUGAAGCGGUCCCUGGUGUAUUACCUAAAAGGCAGGGAGGUCUGGAUGCAGAAUGAGUCCAGCUACCACCGCCUGUUGCAUGGAUAUGCAGCCCAGCAGCUUCCCAGCCUCCUGAAGGAGAGGGAGUUUCAUCUCGGAACCCUCAAUAAAGUGUUUGCCUCCCAGUGGCUGAACCACCGGCAAGUGGUGUGCGGGACAAAAUGCAACACAUUAUUUGUGGUAGAUGUCCAGACUGGUCAAAUCACCAAGAUUCCUAUUCUGAAAGACCGUGAGCCUGGCAUGGUGAACCAACAGGGCUGUGGGAUUCAUGCCAUUGAGCUCAACCCCUCAAGAACCCUUCUGGCUACAGGUGGAGACAACCCCAACAGUCUUGCAAUUUAUCGUCUGCCUACACUUGAUCCUGUCUGUGUGGGAGAUGACGGACAUAAGGACUGGAUAUUUUCAAUUGCAUGGAUCAGUGAUACUAUGGCUGUUUCUGGUAAAUUCAUUUUUUUCUAUCAAUAUUUUAUUAUACUGGUGUACUGCAUUAGUACAAGCCUUAAGGAAAUGCCUUUAUCAGUGCACGAGAGCACUUCUAACAGUGGCGAUUGUCUGGCAGUAUUCUUGUUCCAAGUGCUUCUGUUUGAUUUCCAGCAAUUGCAGCGGGAGGACGAAGGAGCUCAUUGCUGUACUCACUGUUGUUAAAUUUAGCAUUGAUUU